GUUUUGGAGGAUACGCCUACUUGUUAGAACCACUUUGGUGGAUUGGGAUGAUGUUAAUGAUUGUAGGCGAGGCCUCAAAUUUAGUGGCUUAUGUUUUUGCUCCAGCUGUUCUUGUAACUCCUCUAGGUGCCUUUAGUAUAAUAAUCAGUGCUGUUCUUGCACACUUCAUACUAAAGGAGAAGUUACAUAAAAUGGGUAUUCUUGGAUGUGUAUCUUGCAUUGUCGGUUCACUUGUCAUUGUAAUUCAUGCACCUCAGGAGCAGACACCAAGUUCAGUAGAAGAAAUCUGGACACUGGCCAUACAACCUGCUUUUCUGAUUUAUACAGCAGUUGCCCUAGUCAUUGUCCUGGCUCUAGUGUUAUAUUUUGAGCCCCGAUAUGGACAAACAAGCAUAAUAGUUUACCUGGGAAUAUGUUCUUUGAUGGGAUCACUGACGGUUGUUAGCAUAAAGGCCGUUGGAAUUGCAGUAAAACUGACAUUCGAGGGGAUUAGUCAGGUGGCUUAUCCUCAAACGUGGCUUUUCUUAUUGGGAGCUGUCAUUUGCGCUGUUACUCAAUUGAAUUACUUGAACAAGGUUAGCAUGUUCUUCUUUUGAUUGAACUUGUGCUUU